AUGGGUUUGCAGUUUUCUCGCAGGGACGGGUUUGGGCAAGCAAAACCAAUGGGUUUUGUUCCCGUUGCCAUCUUGAGCCUCCCCCUCCCCCGCCCGGAUCCGGCCGCCGCCCUCACAGCAAAAAACAUCGUCAUCAUAGCAAAAACUAAUAGAUUGCAAACCUCACCGGUGCCGCUCGCCGGUGGCACGGGAUUGCAUACCGAUGGGCAAAGGAUUGCUGUGAAGAUCCUUCGUCCCAUGCUUCACAACCUUGAUGAUACACAAUUCGAGCAGGAGUAUCACAACCUUGAAAGUCUCCAACACCAGAAUAUUGUGCGCUUAGUUGGCUAUUGCAAUGAAACUAGACGGGAAUUCGUGUCAUUUGAAGGAAGAACGGCACUUAGUGAAAGGACACACAGGGCACUUUGCUUUGAAUAUAUGCAAAAUGGAAGCCUGGACAAUCAUCUUUCUGAUGAAUCUAGCGGACAUGACUGGCACACACGCUAUGCAAUAAUUAAAGGAAUUGCGAAAGGGUUGAAAUACCUUCAUGUGGAAUUCACACCCCCUAUGUUUCAUUUGGAUUUAAAACCAGCCAAUGUAUUGCUGGAUGAGAACUGGGUGGCGAAAAUUGGGGAUUUUGGAUUGUCAAGGUUCAUGCAAAAUGAGCAAACGCAUAUCACAACAAGUUCUAUAGGAACAAUUGGUUACUUACCGCCAGAAUAUAUAGAUGGGGGAGUAAUUUCAAAUAAGUUUGACAUAUUCAGCUUGGGUGUUAUUAUGAUAAAGGUAAUGGCAGGACGUACGGGCUACUCACAAAGUGUUGAAAUGUCUUCCCUGGAAUUCAUUGAUCUUGUAUCCGGGAAUUGGAGGAAUCGUCUGCAAGCAGCUUUAAUGGAUCCGAUAGAGCCAUACUGUGAACAAAUAAGGAGAUGCAUCACAAUAGCUUUAGCUUGUGUUGAACCCGACCGACACCGAGGGCCUACUAUAGGGUAUAUCUUGAAUGAGUUGAAUCAGACAGAGACAAUGGGUCGGUUUCCCGACGUAUCGCCAAGUGACCCAGGGUCAUCGAUGAACCAGGAAACCAGGCAAACUGACAUUACAGAAGUAGAAGAAAAUCGGGAGAGGGAAGAACUGAGCCGGAUAGAGAAUCUCUUUGGUGAAGUAGUCGACAACUACAAGUUGGAUCAAAUGGCAAGUUACAUGGGCAAAUCCAAGACACGGGAUGACCGAGUACGAGAGGCCUGCAUCCUGGUGGAGGAGGACAACAAGGAUGCCAAGGCUACGAGGUAUGUGGACGGCCUCAAGACCAUGCAUGGCAAUGGCGAUGGUCAGUCCACGCUGUGCCUUGUGUAUAACGCGACCGGCGGCACCCUCCACCACGUCCUCCAGCACGACUGGUCUGGUCAUAUUGGCAGGGCUCCCUGCCCUGCCUUGAUCGGCAACGGCCAGUGGGCUGCCUUUCAUCACGUUGCCCAGCCCGGCGAGCCAGAUUCGCUGGCGGCGGUCGUCUACCGCGGGAAGAACAAAGAUGGCGACGAGAGGGAGUACUUGCUUGCGUGGUGUACACCGUCGAGUUGGUGGCAGCACAACAAGGCGUAUUGCGACGUCAGUGGUGCCGACUAUUUCAACAAUCGUUGGGCUGAUAUGCACAGCAAACUGAGCAAAUCCGAUUACUCUUCGGACGCCAUAUGCGGAGCGCAGGGAGGCUCAUCCUCGGCGUUGACGCCCCCGCCGUCAGCCAACCUCGACGAGCCAUCCAUCGGCAAGGCCAUGUCCUUGAGGAGCACCAGGAGCACGACGCCUCCCAUUCCCGUGCCUGGCGAUGUCAGUGGCGGCGAGGAUACUAGCAGCGGUGGGGAGCACAAGCAGCAAGAUGGUGGGGAGUAA